AUGGGAAAACCGAUGACAGUGAUGGACGACUUUUCCUACAUGGCGGUAGUCGUAAUGCGCAGCAUCGAAAGUGAAGGCGCUCUCUCCUACCUCUGCUGGCGCGCCUUGACGCAGAAACCAGGCACCCUCCAAGCAUCUCACCAACAGAGCUUGUCGCUCAGCCUGGCCGCAGUGGUAAAUUUGCAUAACCGAAUCAGUUCAGGUUUGAAUGUAGCAGAAGAACAUGCGGAAAAUUUCACAUGCCUUUCUCGCUGCGCCUUUGUUGGCAAUGAGAUAAUGACGAGACUGUCAACUUGA